AUGUCUUCGAUCAGCUCGCAAGACAAGCCCACAGCACAGGACAAGGAGAAUGCUGCUAUCCACACGCUCGAGGCCCACACUUGGGACAAGGGCUUUGAGCGCAAGACCAUGUAAGUCAUUGUUUUCCAGCCGGCGCGUUUCCCCCCUGCGCAACCCGACGGAAACUUCGGAGCUAGCCCCGAUUGAGGUGCCCCUCUUGCGCACGCAUAACAAGAAGAAUUGAGAACUGACCUUUGUGAUGUAUCAUGUCACAGGGCUAAGGUCGAUCGUCGUCUUUUGAUCAUCCUCGGUGCUAUCUACGCCAUCUCACUCAUCGAUCGAACGUGAGUUUUACCUCUGUUCGAUAUCGUCAAUUCCAAACUGGACGGCUGAAUUGAUCCGAAAAUUCUAUCCUCCGUCCCCUCACAGCAACGUCUCUGUUGCUCGUGUUGCCGGUAUGGCCAAGGAUUUGAAGUUGACUGUCGGCCAGCGCUACUCGAUCAUCACCUGCGUCGUAAGCCUUUUGAUCCUUCCGUUUGCCGAUCACUUCAGCAAAAUGGCUCAGCUGAUCCCUUUUCUUAUGAUCGCCCUCGGCAGUUCUUCCCUCCUUAUAUCGUCUUCGAGCUCCCGUCCAACAUCCUGCUCCGCAAGAUUGGAGCUCGCAACCACUUGUCGGCCAUCGUCGUCCUCUGGGGUGCUGUCAUGCUCGGAAUGGGUUUCGUCACCAACUGGCACCAGCUCGCCGCCUGCCGUGUCCUCCUCGGACUCCUCGAGAGUGGUUUCUUCCCUGGUUGCGUCUUCCUGAUCUCGUGCUGGUACACCCGAUACGAGACACAAAAGCGCAUGGCCGUCUUCUACCUCACCUCGAUGGUUAUCUCUGGUUUCUCCAACAUCCUCGGCUACGGUAUCUCCAAACUCGGCGGCCAACACGGCAUCGCCGCAUGGCGAUGGGUCUUCAUUGUCUUCGGUGCUGCGACCGCCGGCCUCGGCUUCCUCAGCUUCGCUUUGAUUGUCGACUUCCCCGACAAGGCCACUUUCCUCACCCCUGAUCAAACCAAGAUGGUCCAGGAGCGCAUCGAACUCGACCGAGGCGACUCGGCCCCCGAUCACCUCACCUUCAGCUCGUUCAUAAGGCACUCCGCCGAUUACAAACUUUGGAUUUUCGGUCUCUGCUUCGGCUUCUCGACCAUGCCCGCCUACGCCUUCUCUUACUUCCUUCCCGUCAUCCUCACUGGUGGUGGAUAUUCGAACGAGCUUUCCUUGAUCCUCUCUGCACCUCCAUACGUCCUCGCCGCCAUCCACACCUUCGCGAUUGCCUACGGUGCUGAUAAGCUGCGCAAGCGUGCCCUCUUCAUCGCCGUCAACGCCAUCGUUUGCACCGUCGGCCUAAUCAUCAUGGGCUGGGGUGGCAAGAUCGGCGUCCGCUACUUCGGCUCUUUCCUCGCCAUUGCGGGUUGCCAGGCCAACGUCCCGUCGGUCAUCACCUACUCGGCCAACAACGUGCGCAAUCACUCCAAGCGCGCCGUCUCCUCGGCCAUCGUCAUCGGCAUGGGUGGCGUCGGCGGUAUGUUCGCUUCACUCGUCUACCGCCAGGUUGACUACCCCCGGUACCUCCCCGGUCUCGGCGCCACGAUCGGCUGCCAGGGUGCGAUCCUCCUCAUGCUCGCCGGUCUCUCGUUCGCCUUCAGCCGGGCCAACGCAUUCGCUGACCGCAACGGCACCGGGAUUGAAGGAUCCACGACUUUCCGAUACACGCUUUAA